AUGGCCAGCCUUCGAAAAACCCACCCCCUAUUAAAAAUUGCCAAUGACGCCUUAGUUGACUUGCCCGCUCCCUCCAACAUCUCCGUGUGGUGGAAUUUUGGCUCUCUCCUAGGCCUUUGCUUGGCCUCCCAAAUUCUCACGGGCCUCUUCCUAGCCAUACACUACACGUCGGACAUUGCUACCGCCUUUUCCUCCGUAGCCCACAUCUGCCGGGACGUCAACUACGGUUGGCUAAUCCGGAAUAUGCACGCUAACGGGGCAUCUUUCUUCUUCAUCUGUAUCUACAUGCACAUCGCGCGAGGACUUUACUACGGAUCCUAUCUUUACAAAGAAACCUGA